AUUGAGUUUUGUUUCUGGAUUGAUUUCGAUCACAAGUUGGAUCACUCCAUUCUCGAUCUUUCUAUUUAAGCCAGUUUGCAUUUGAGCCCCAAAAAUUUUGGUUGCAUUUAGUUUGAUUGAGAAUAAAAUUUCAUUUUAAAUUACAUAAUAAAAUGCCGCACGCAAAAGAUGGAAUGUUAGUUUUUCAUCAUGAAUUGCUGAAAAAUCCAAUUGAAGUUUGCAGUUUUUGGUUACGUGACCAUUGUAGAUGUGCCGAUUGCUAUUUUAGUGAGACGUUCCAACGAAAUUUUAAUAUCAGUGAAAUUCCGUUGGAUAUCGAGGCGACAAAUUUUAAAACUGAAAAUGAUGUUAUUCAUGUUACUUGGUCGGAUGGGCAUGAAUCAAGCUAUAAUAUUUUGGAUUUAAAGGACAUGAUAAAUCCAAAACAAGUGUCAGUUUCGAAAACAUUAUGGACCUCUGCUGAUAUUAUGCGCAGUGAUUAUGCCAAUGUUGAUUUUAACGAAUAUCAAUGCAACAAUGAUGUAUCCAGACAGUUGGUGGCAAGUCUUGUGAAAUUUGGAUGUGCUUUCAUAAAAAAUGUUCCGGCAAAUAUUGAAAGCACUGAAAUAGCAAUAAAACAUCUUUUUCCCGUUCAAAAAACUCUGUUCGGCGAGAUGUGGUCUUUCUCCGACUAUAAGGAGCACAGCGACACAGCGUAUACCAAUUUUGCAUUACCAGCGCAUAAUGAUAAUACAUAUUUUAACGAUGCGGCCGGUUUACAAGUGUUACAUUGCGUUAAACGUUCGGGCUCCGGCGGAGAAAGCUUACUCGUCGAUGGUUUCAAUGCAAUUAAGAAGUUACGACAACAAAAUCGAGAAGCCUAUGAAUAUCUUUGUAGAACAUUCAUUCCAGCCGAAUACAUUGAAGAGGGAUUUCAUUUCAAACACUGUGCUCCGGUUAUCAAUAUUGAUCCAAUGACAAAUGAACCAUAUCAACUUCGAUUCAAUAUGAUCGAUCGUGCUGUUUUCAACAAUAUACCACAAACGGAAAUGAUGAAAUUCUAUAAGCAUUAUAAAGCGCUGGCCAAGGAAAUUCAGCGAGAGGAAAAUGAAUGGCGUUUCAAAUUAGAACCGGGAACAAUUUGUAUUUUCGAUAAUUGGCGCUUAUUACAUGGUCGCACUGAGUAUUCGGGUCAACGACAAAUGGUCGGCUGCUAUGUUGCACGCAAUGAAUUCAUGAGCGUCGCCAGACGAUACGGCAUGGUCGAAUAAAUCAAUUCAACUGGCUAACAUUUCAAUUAAAUUAAAAAGGAAACAGCUGAUUUACUUUCAUUUUCAAAUAUAAUUUUAUGUGUGUUCGUCAACAUAAGAAGUAGAGAUAAUAAAGUUAUAGAUUUCAACAGUAAAUGACAUAAAA